AUGACGGAGUCUGUGAUCCAACUGAAAUGCGAUUGCAACAACUACCCAUGGGGGAAAGUUGGCAAAGAGUCAUUGGCCGCGGUGCUAUGCUCGAAGACCAACCCGGACUUCAAGAUAGACAACAGCAAAAACUACGCCGAGAUGUGGUUUGGAACAUACCCCGACCUGCCGUCGUAUUCUCUGAAGACGGGUGAAAACCUCCAGGACAUCCUCAACGCCAACAAGGAGAAACUGAUCGGCAAGACGGUCCUCGACAAGUUUGGCGCCGACCUGCCGUUUCUCCCCAAGAUUCUGUCCAUUGCAAAGGCUUUGCCGCUCCAGAUCCAUCCGGACAAGGAGCUGGCACAAAAGUUGCACAAGGAAAACCCCGAGAAGUUUACGGAUCCCAACCACAAACCCGAGAUUGCCAUUGCCCUGGGAAGAUUCGAGGCCUUCGUGGGCUUCAAACCACUCGGUGACAUACAACAACUGUUGAAACUGGACGCUCUGUCCCGGUUCUUGCCGGCAUCUGGCGUUGACUCGUUGGACGACGACGCUCUGCGAGAGGUGUGCGUUAAAAUGCUGAAGGCCUCGCCGGACACCGUUUCGUUUGCGCUGAAACGCCUAAAGUCAACGCCUGGGACCGCUUACGGGAAGCAAGCUUACAUCCUUGACCUGAUCCCUCGAUUGGUAGACCAGUACGGCAAAUUCGACAACGGCAGUCUCGUUGCGCUGACGUGCAUGAAUUUCCUGGUCCUCGAGCCCGGCGCCGCCAUCUACAUACCGGCCGACGGCAUUCAUGCUUACCUGUCCGGCGACAUUGUCGAGUGCAUGGCGCGGUCGAAUAACGUCCUCAACACCGGCUUCUGUCCUAGAGCAGACCGUGAUUCGGUUGAUCUGUUCGCGAAAGCCUUGACUUUCAAACCGCACAAUCGCCAGGAGCCCGUUCUGAAGAGAGAGCCCAGCGAGAAGAGUGAGAAUGGGAAAACCAUCGAGUUCAAGCCGCCCAUGAGCGAGUUCAACAUGUUGGUUACGGAGCUCGCGAGUGGUGAGACGGAGGCCGUGAAGCCAAUCGAUGGGCCGAGUACGCUGAUCGUCACGAACGGUUGGGGGAAGAUGAGCGUGCAGGGCCAGGAGAUACCGCUUGAGGAGGGCAGCAUUUUCUUCAUUGGGCAGGGGGUUCCUGUGGAGAUCUCGGCGAGGGAGCAGAUGGCUGUGUAUAGGGCUUAUGCUGAAUGA